CUCUGGCUGCGUCACGACGAUCAGCUGUUGGAGAACAACAACAAAAGAAGGAGCAGCGGAGAGGAAACGAACACGAGCGCGCGACACUUUUAUAACACAUACAUUCACGUAUGUGUGAACACAUGAAUCCGUCAGUUAUUUCUUCUGAGAAGAAACGCGGAGUUUUGGGAGUUUUGGUGUUUUUAUCUACCUCACAGUGACGACCACAGAUGACCCGGGACCAAACUCUGUUCAUGCUCUUUACCGUUGUUUUUCCGGAGCCUUCCCGCCGCAGCCAAUCCCACAGCUGAUGAACAAAGUGCUGGCCACGCCCCUCUGCCGUCGCAGCCCGCCCCCCCCCUCAGCGCCGCCGCCCCCUGCUGGACGUCCAGCGGGAAUGUUCCAGAGGUUCGCCAGUGUUCUGUUCGGGGACGAGGGGGAGGAGCUGAGCCGGAGCCGCAGAGGCACUGAGGAAGACGAAGACGAAGAUUGGAUCCUGGUCAACUACCUGACUGAAGCCUGUUCUGCUCAGUGUGAUGGACUGUCUGGAUCCACUGCUCCUCAUCCAGACCUGGUCCAGGACGAGGAGGAGGGGGAGGAAGACCUGGUGAUGAUUCCGUCUCCAGUGUCCAGCCCCCGCAUCCGCUAUGCCUCCUGCACCUCCCUCAACUCCACGGCUGACACCGACCUGGACGGCGGCGCUGAGGAGCACGAAGAGGGCAACGACGAUGAUGAUGAUGAGGCGGAGGAGGAGAGCGGGUUCCUGCGUCUGGAUGCCUGCUCUCUGGAGGAGAGCUGGUUUGUCACGCCCCCACCCUGCUUCACCGGCCGCGGCAACCAGCCUGUCGUCCUGGAGACCAGCCCGCUGGAAAACCUGCUGAUCGAGCACCCCAGCAUGUCCGUCUAUGCCCGCCACCGCAGCCCCCCCCGACUCACCCUCGACCCACUGCCACGCCUCCUCGACCAGGGGCGGGACUUUCUGUCUGCCACCGCCCCGAUGGCCUCAGGAGGGAAGGAGAAGGCGAGACGUACACUGGACGGCCCCCGACACAGGCCAGAGGCAGCCAUGGCCCAACGUCGCUCCAGCCUCCACUCCUUCUGCCUCGCCGCUGCGUUUUCUGCCCGCGCCGGCCUCCUGCAGCAGCAUCAUCGCCAGGGAAGCUCCGCCCAGCCACUGUCCCGCAACGCCCUGCGACGCCUCAACCUGCUGCGCCCCCCGAAGGCCAGCACGGUGCAACUGCACCAGCCCAGCCAGAGACACCUCAACUUCUGAGGCCACGUCAGCCUUCAUCAUCAUCAUCAACACCAGCACCUCCUUCAUCAGCCUUCACUCAUCGCAGACGUCCUGAAACCUGAUUGGACGGUGAAAAAGGGAAAAUGGCUGAUCUCUCUUUCUAUUGGCUCACAUGGUCAGUUGGUUUGGUGACUCCUCCUCUUCCUCUCCUCCUUUUCUUUAUACCUUCUUUAUGACAAUGAUGAGAAGAAGCGGGCGUGGUGAAAUGAAACGGUCAUCAUGUGGCCCCACCUCUUUCCCCUCCCUCUCUUAGUCUUUAUGUCUAAUCAGAGGAAGGAGCAGUUGUCUUGUGACGUCUGUCUUCUUCGAUGCUGCAGGUCACUUUACUCGGCGGCAGGUUUUUUUGUACGGCGACGUUACUGAUUCGUGUUUCUGUGAAGAGCGACGCGGCAUGAUCUCGUCGUUUAAAUCAGUGUGAGGAUGUUGAGGAAUGUUGCUCAAGAACACGACGUGGGUCAAAGGUCAGAUGAAGCUCCAAACAAACCAUUAAAAAAGAUCACCAGCAGGGGGCACCAUCUUCACCUGCUGAUGUUGUAGGUUUGCUUCGUUGACGUAAACGAUGACGGAAAAACAAGCUUUGGCGGUUGGUGUUAGCAGCUACUGUAGCCAGACUACGUUAGCAGCCUCUAUAGCCAAACUACGUAGCAUUGACGGUUGAUGUUAGCAGCUACUGUAGCCAGACUAAGUUAGCAUCAGCUCCACAUCGUAAACUGAUUGAUUCUAUAGAAUAAAUAAAUACAUUUGCUAACAAUAAUUCACGUCGUGUUUUUCCGCAGCUGUUUGUUAUUUUUUAAAAUCACUGAUUCACUUCCUGCCGUAAAGCAUUGCGUCGCCGCUGUAAAAACCUGCCUCUGAUUCAGUUCUUUUUUGAUAAAAGAAAAAAAACGACUGAUUUAAAUUUCACUUAAGCCUUUUUUUAUCGUAGCUUUGAGAAAAGAAAUGUCAAUGAAAAUGUAUUUAAAAAAAAAAAUUCCAAAAUAUUUUUUGAAAAGAAAAAAAUAAUUUACAUAUCAGUAUGAAGUGGGUGUGGUUUGUUUUGUUAGUCCGUCGCAUGGUUGUAACGUUGUUUGUGGGAAAAACGUUAGAAAAAGACGAUUGUUCUUGUUUUUGUUGAUUUUUGGUUCUUUAAAGAAUCUGCAGUCCACGUCUCAGGGUCACGACAACCAAUCACCUUCUCACUCAACGCAGAUUUACUUGACGGCUGAUGAUUCUUUUCACGUUUUUUUUCUCUGAUCCUGGUCCCGGGACUGUGAACCUGAACUCAGCUGACUGAAAUCAUCCACAUGUAUAGAAAACCCUUUGUGUUUUAUCUUCUUUGUUAACAUAGUUAAGUUUUCUUAAUCUCUUUAAAUAUUUAAACCAAAAAAAAAGUAGCUGCAACUUUUUUAUCUUUAACUUGUUCAUAAUAAUGAGUUCAUUUUUGUUCUUGUUGUUUUGUUGCGACAGCAGUGGAGACGAGUCGCUGCACUGCGCGGGGAAAGAAUCGCAAUUGUUUACAUGUCCGCACGAAACGUCCACACAAAACAUCUACACGAAGCAUCCACGCGAAACGUCCACGCACAACGUCCACACGAAAUGUCCACACUAAAGUCAGAUGUUUGAAAGUUUUCUCAACAUUCAUUGAAAUAAUCAUGCAUUUAAAGAACGGAACAUAAGAAAACUAAAUGUCUGUUCUGCGUCUCAGUGAAGCCGGAGAUGUGGAACUGUGCGGCACUGAAGCUCCAGUCGUGACAUUAAUAAUAAACGCGUGUUUGUAAAUAAUCGAUAUCGCGAUCGUCGCAUGUUUUUUUUGUUUCUCUCUCUCUCUACAAUCACAGACGAUGUUAUUUUAUGAUUUGUCUCCUCUUAUCUUAACUUUUCUCGUCUCUCAUCAAACCAACAGGGAUUUUUAUUGAGGGUUUGUUUGUGGGUUUUUGAAAAGCCUUGAACUGUGUGGAUCAUGUGCCUUCCAGGUUAAAAUGUUAAAAUGUUGAAAUGCAUCAAUGAAGAACUUGAACUCUCUCUACUUUUGUUUUUGAAAUCAAUAAAAACACGCAAACAAACUAUGUCAGAAACCAACUAUGCACCACUCGGCGGUGGAGACGCGUCGUUGCCGCCCACUCAGCCAGACGCAGCUUUUCUAACAAUGACUAAACAAAACCAGACAGAAUGAUGUAGCAAAACCUAUUCUCUCCUUUUUUGUUAUUAUUAUUAUUAUUAUUAUUAUAAUAAUAAUCAUCAUUAUUAUUAUUAUUAUUUAAAUUUUAAAGUGUGAAGAAUAUUUUGUGGCAUUUUUUUCACUUUUCACUGAGUGUUAGAUGUUUUUUUGUUGGUGUUAGUUUACUGGAAAAUACAGCACUUUGCCAAAAAAAACAAAAAAAAACAGGUGUAGGAACUAUAAUGUUUUAUUUAUCGACAUAAAUGCUCAACUUUGUAUUUGGUAUGAAUGAUCAACUCUCUGAAAACAAACAGCUCAUUAAACAGUUCAUACAUGUGAUCAGAUAAUAAAUGUUUUCAUACACAG